AUGAGGAAAGACCACUACAACCUGUUAUCGUUGCUACACAAGCAUCACUGCAAUCGCCGAUCGAUUCAACAAAUCCACGCUCACUUGGUCACCACUGCCGCCAUAAUUCAAACACCACCACCACCGGUCAGUCUCUGGACCACCAUCCUCCACCAUUACUCACUUGGGAAUUCCCCCGAUGAAGCUUUUUUGCUCUAUAAGCACCAUCUCCACCCCACCACCUUGUUUAAUGGCGAUAGUUUCACAUAUGCUUUCUUGAUAAAAUCCUGUGCUAAUUCACAUCUACCCAUGUCGGGUUCACAACUCCAUUCUCUCACAUUCAAAUUCGGGUUUGAGAGUCAUGUUUACGUCCAAACCGCUUUAGUCAACAUGUAUGUUGUAUGUGGGCAUUUACUCGAAUGUCGCAAAGUGUUCGAUGAAAUGCCUGAAAGAAAUCUAGUCACAUGGAACGUUUUAGUAACAGGUUUAGCAAAACUUGGUGAAAUUGUGCUAGCGCGAUCUUUCUUUGAUAUAAUGCCUAUUAAGAAUGUUGUUUCUUGGAGUGGUAUGAUAGACGGGUAUACACGAGCAAAUCAACCCAAGGAAGCAGUUUCAUUGUUUAGACACAUGCUUGCACUUAACGAUAAUACAAAGCCAACUGAGAUCACCAUUUUAGCGGUUUACCCUGCGAUUUGGAAUCUUGGGUCUUUGGAGUUAUGUCAAUCGGUUCAUGCUUAUGGAGAAAAAAACGGAUUUUAUAUGAUAGAUAUACGUGUUACGAAUGCUUUAAUUGAUGUGUAUUCAAGGUGUGGAAGUGUGGAGAGUGCUUUGCGAGCUUUUGAAGGCAUAACAAGUGAGAUGAGGAAUUUAGUGUCGUGGACAUCGAUUAUCUCUGUAUUUGCAAUGCAUGGAAUGGCAAAGGAGGCUGUGGAUAGUUUUAAAAGAAUGGAGGAAAUAGGGAUGAAGCCUAAUAGAGUUACUUACUUGAGUAUUCUAAGUGCUUGUAGUCAUGGAGGAUUAGUUGAAGAAGGGUUAGUGUUUUUCAAGAAAAUGGUGGAUGAGUCUGGUAUUGUGCCUGAUAUAAAGCAUUACGGGUGCUUGGUUGACAUGUUGGCGAGAGCAGGGAGGAUUGAAGAAGCAGAGAAAGUGGCUUUGAAGGUGCCUAAAGAUUUGGAUAAUGAUGUGAUUUGGAGGAUGGUUCUUGGGGCAUGUAGCUCCUAUAAUAAUGUUGAGACAGGGAAGAGAGUCACAAGGAGAAUAUUUGAAAAGGAGAGAGGUUACUCUAGUGAUUAUGUGCUUAUGUCAAACAUCUUCUCUAGUGUGGGCGAUUAUGUUGAUUCAGAGAUGGUUAGGAGAAAAAUGGAUCAAAUGGGCGUUUUUUUUGCUUCGUCCGAUGGGAUUAGGGCACAUGAAGGGGAUUCAUGCUCAAAGGCUGAUGAGGAACAUGAGUUAAUUAUGGAGCUCUCUGAAAAAUAUUUGCUCUUGGAAAAAAAGAAGAAAUCAUUAGAAUUCAACGCUUUGACCCUAAUGGAAAAGUCAAAAUCAAAAGAAAAAAGUGUGCCAUCAGUCUACCAAGUCAUGAGGGUAUUGCCAUUUUUUGGAAGGUUGCAGCUUAAAUGGUCGUGGAAUAUGUUAGAUAAAUGUAGUUGAAUUUGGUCCAAUGGGUAUUUUGGGAAAACUUUCCUAAUUUAAGGUUUUGAGUUAGUUUAGGAUUCUAAUUAGUUUAGUAUAAAUAGGGUAUGGUUGUUUGACGUUUUUAAUUAAGUUUUUUCAGUCUUUGUUGAAUAAGAUACUUGGAGCCAAAGUAAUUUUUCCAGAUUUCUUUCCUCCCCUGUUUCAUUCAUGCUCUGUUCAUCUUCUGCACAAUUAACCUGUC